CAUCAAGAAAAGUUUCAUGGCAAAGGGAAAGUAAACCAAAUAAGAACAAGCAAAAUAAGUGGAAGUUGUUGAUAAGAAAAUUAAAAAGACUAAAAAAACUAAAGGUAAUGAUGAACCAGCUGAUUAACCUGAAUCCCCCCCACAAUCUCCUGUUAAAAAAGGAAAAAAGCAAACAUAAGAAAAAAAACCAAAGGCCACAAAAGAUAGAUUCAGUACUUCAUCAAUUUAGUCUAGAUAAACUCUAUUACCCUGAAGUUCCCAGUUCAUAAUUCCCUGAUCAAUUGCAACAAAAUGUAAUAAAUGUGAUAGCCUCUUUUGGAGCAUCCGCAGCUCUGAAGGAAAUUACCAACAACCUCGGUUUAUUCUACACAAAUGCUGUCGAAGAAUAAACUGUUCACAACUUUUUGGCCUAAGCAGAAGAAAGUGGAAUUAUUUACGAAAGAGCAGGUCAAUAUCAUGUUGCCCAAGAGUUAAUCCCACCACAAGUAUUGAAUGUAUAAAGUAUGUAGCCACAACCAAAGUAAGUAGUAGUUGUGUCUCAAAGCAUCGAAUAAGAACCAUUGCCAUAAUAGGCUGUUGAAUCUGCUGCAAAAUAACCAUUAGAUAAUGAUUAAAUUGAUUUUGAAGAUUAAAUUUAAAACUAAGUAAGCGAGAAAAAAGAGGGUAUAUAUUUAUAUCUAUUUAAAAAGGAAUUAAUGAAAAUGAGGAUCACUAGAAUUUAUUUGAGAAUUGAUU